UAUACCGGUGGACGGAAACGGAGGUGUUGUUGACGCGCGGGGUUUGCUGGGAAAGUUUUAGUUUGACGCCAUUUUGGAUUAAGAAACAGAGGGAGUAGUCGAAGUUGCAGGUAUUUCACAGCCGUGCGUGUUUUCAGCUACAUCAGAUCUUCACUGGACACAAUGGCGAGUCCAGGGAAAGACAACUACAGGAUGAAGAGCUAUAAGAACAAAGCGCUGAAUCCUCAGGAAAUGCGUCGAAGGAGAGAAGAGGAAGGAAUUCAGCUACGCAAACAAAAAAGAGAGGAGCAGCUGUUCAAGAGAAGAAAUGUCUGCAUACCUUCAGCUGAUGACUCCAUGCAGGAAUGUCCGAUCCAAGAUCCAGACAUCAGCUCCACAGUACCCAUCACAGCUGAUGGAGUCAUAACAGCAGAUAUGAUUCAGAUGAUCUUUUCUGAAGACCCCGACCAUCAACUAAUUGCUACACAGAAAUUCAGAAAAUUGCUUUCCAAAGAACCCAGCCCCCCCAUAGAUGAAGUGAUUUCCACUCCUGGUGUUGUGACUCGGUUUGUGGAUUUCCUGCAGCGGAGUGAAAACUGCACACUGCAGUUCGAAGCGGCCUGGGCACUGACCAACAUCGCCUCUGGGACCUUCUUGCACACCAAGGUUGUGAUUGAAACAGGAGCUGUUCCCAUUUUCAUUGAACUGCUGAACUCCGAGUACGAGGAUGUGCAGGAACAGGCAGUGUGGGCACUGGGGAACAUAGCGGGCGACAACGCUGAGUGCAGAGACUACGUACUCAACUGUGGCAUCCUCCCGUCUUUACAGCAGCUGCUCGCUAAAUCCAACCGUCUCACAACAACCCGAAAUGCAGUGUGGGCUCUGUCCAACCUGUGCAGAGGGAAAAACCCACCACCAGAUUUUGCAAAGGUGUCUCCUUGUCUCAACGUUUUGUCCAGGCUGCUGUUCAGCAGUGAUCCAGAUGUGCUGGCCGAUGCGUGUUGGGCUCUCUCCUACCUGUCUGACGGCCCCAAUGAAAAGAUCCAGACGGUCAUCGACUCCGGGGUCUGCCGCAGGCUCGUUGAGCUGCUCAUGCACGGCGACUACAAGGUUGUUUCUCCUGCCUUGCGUGCAGUGGGAAACAUCGUGACAGGAGACGACAUCCAGACUCAGGUAAUCUUGAACUGCUCAGCACUGCCGUGUUUGCUCCACCUUCUCAGCAGCCCUAAGGAAUCCAUCAAGAAGGAGGCCUGCUGGACUGUGUCCAACAUCACCGCAGGAAACCGAGCUCAGAUUCAGAACGUCAUUGACGCCAACAUCUUUCCAGUACUGAUCGAGAUCCUUCAGAAGGCCGAGUUCCGCACAAGAAAGGAGGCUGCGUGGGCAAUUACCAACGCCACCUCUGGGGGCACUCCCUCACAGAUAAAGUAUCUGGUGUCCCUGAAUGCCAUCAAACCUAUGUGCGAUCUGCUGACAGUGAUGGACUCUAAGAUUGUUCAGGUGUCACUGAACGGUUUAGAGAACAUCCUCAGACUGGGAGAACAGGAAGCCAAACAGAAUGGAACUGGCAUCAAUCCGUACUGCGCUCUGAUUGAGGAAGCUUACGGAUUGGACAAGAUUGAGUUUUUACAGAGCCACGAGAACCAGGAGAUCUACCAGAAGGCCUUUGACCUGAUUGAACACUACUUCGGUGUGGAGGAAGAGGAUGCCAGCCUGGCUCCACAGGUGGAUCAGAAUCAAGGCCAGUUUGUCUUCCAGCAACAGGAAGGACCCAUGGAGGGUUUCCAGCUUUAAUCCCACUGCACUUCCUUAGUUCGGUCUUGUUGGACUUGGAACGUCUCUGCAGCAGACCCGUCUCUUCUCUGCUGUGCAGGAUCUUCACGUGUACUAUGCCUGAGAUUUGUGAAAAUAGAGAUCAAGCGUUUGGCUCCUCUGGAGUCCUAAAUAGAGAGCUGAGCUUUACCCGUUUCCGUACCGUUGAUAAAAUGUCUCUGCCAUCGAAAGCCGACUCAAGUCAAAAGGUUUUGAAACCUUGUUUUCAAAUUUAGUGCAAAAUCACAACGUUAAGCUUUCAGUGGUGUUUUUUUAAUCAUUCAAAAUGAUGUUAAUAUUUAUGUCUCCAAGCCAUCAUCCAUAUCCCUUUGUGAAUGUGAAACUACCUCUUCAGUCUCCAGAAAGAAGAGUGAAAAGGGAGAGAAAAGAACAGCGAGCAUUGCUUCAUUUUUCCAUUGAUGUGGAAAUCUGAAAGGAAAUCCGGAUCCGAAAUGUUCAGAUCAGGGUCAC